GUCGAGGAGGAGAUUCUGGUUAACUGAAUCGUGGAGGUACAAGGUACAGUGUUGAUACAGGCUCCUUUCAAGUCAGACCCUACAUAGAAGCACCAAUGAAAGAUGAAUAGUCCCACAUGGAGGAAGAAGCAAUACUCUACUCGAAAUGCUUUUUAAACAAUACUUCUGCGUCAACUUCAGAUUCACGGAGCCGUUCGAAACUGGGUUUAGACCCUACAAAAGAAACCAUUAUUCACACUGCAACAGCAAAAUACGGAGAGUUCUUGUUAGCGACUGCAUCUGGUGAUAUACAAGUUCAUGAAAUUCCAAUACAUCAGUCAAAAAUUCCUGCUUAUACUCUUGGUGCUAUGAUGCCAAGCCUGAGACUCUAUGCCGUUCAUAGUAAGGCGGUGCGAGAACUUGGUACUCCUCAUGGUAGUUCUCACGCACGUAGCAAGUGGAUCAAAGAAUAUACUUAUGAAAAUUUCAAGAUAUCAUUUCUGCAUGCUGAGGUAUUGCUUGAUAAGCUAUGCAACUCUUUGGCCCAGGAAGAGAUUGAAGUCGUAAAAAGGCUUUAUCGUCCUGCUAUGAGACUUAAAAUGGACUUCUUUAAUUCUCGACAGUCUGCCCUGAUCAUCCCAGUAUAUACAAAGCUUGAUCCUAAGGAACAUCUGAUGCUAUUUGCUGAUUUUGACUUUACAUGUACUGAUCUGGGUUCUUUGGGAAUUUUAAAAAACAUUGCAAUAGUGACUGCUCAAAAAGCCGAUCAGCUACUGCAGGGUCAGGAUAGAGACAAACCUUCUCAUAUUACAUCAACAGAUUUGAAGAAUACUUGGGAGCUUCUUUCCCAGCAGUCUACUCUCGAGUAUGAUAAGUGUAUAAAGAAAAUUAUGCUCGGUGAAAAAGCUCUUAGUUUUAAUUAUGACGUACUCCAGUCACUCCACAGUGCCCUUGUAGAGCUCUCAUCUUCUGAGGGACAAGCGGUUUCAAGAAUAUUUGAUUAUGGUGUACUGAAAGCCAUAAACUUGGAGGACAUAAAGCAAGCUGGCAAGUAUAUGAUACUUAAAAAUGGUUGUAUGAAUUUUUUCAAGAAGGUGAACAAGCUCGAUGUAUCAACCCUAUUGUCUGGAUUCAGAAAUGCUUAAAAAUGGAUAGAUAUAGCUUCAGUACAACAACAAACUGUAUUUCAGUUUGUUCCACAAGGAGGAAGAACCAAGACUCUACUCAGAAAUGCUUUGAACAUAAGCAACACUCGGACAUCAGUUUAAGAUUCACGGAGUCGUGCGGUAAUCACAAAGCGAACGAUUCUUUCGCCUUUUACUAAAGAAUACCAUGUGCUUGCCGCAGUAAAGCGGCAUAC